CUCACCAGAGUCCCCGUGGAGUCCUGUGGUCAGUAUCGGAGCUGUAGUGAGUGCCUUGGCUCAGGAGAUCCGCACUGUGGCUGGUGUGUGCUCCACAACACGUGCACCCGGAAGGAACGGUGUGAGCGGUCCAGGGAGCCCCGCAGGUUUGCCUCAGAGAUGAAGCAGUGUGUCCGGCUCACAGUCCAUCCCAACAACAUCUCCGUCUUUCAGUACAAUGUGCCGCUGGUCCUGGAGACCUACAAUGUCCCAGAGCUGUCGGCUGGUGUCAACUGUACCUUUGAGGACCUGUCAGAGAUGGAUGGGCUGGUGGUGGGCAAUCAGAUCCAGUGCUUCUCCCCCGCAGCCACGGAGGUGCCCCGGAUAAUCACAGAGAAUGGGGACCACCAUGUCGUACAGCUGCAGCUCAAGUCUAAGGAGACAGGCAUGACCUUUGCCAGCACCAGCUUCGUCUUCUAUAACUGCAGUGUCCACAAUUCGUGCCUAUCCUGUGUGGAGAGCCCAUACCGCUGCCACUGGUGUAAAUACCGACAUGUCUGCACCGAUGACCCCAAUACUUGCUCCUUCCAGGAAGGCCGAGUGAAGUUGCCUGAGGACUGCCCCCAGCUGUUGCGAGUGGACAAGAUCCUGGUACCUGUGGAAGUGGUCAAGCCCAUCACUCUGAAGGCCAAGAACCUCCCGCAGCCCCAGUCUGGGCAGCGCGGCUAUGAGUGCAUCCUUAGCAUCCAGGGCAGCGAGCAGAGGGUGCCUGCUCUGCGCUUCAACAGCUCCAGCGUGCAGUGCCAGAACACCUCCUAUUCCUAUGAAGGGAUGGAGAUCAACAACCUGCCUGUAGAGUUGACGGUGGUGUGGAACGGGCACUUCAACAUCGACAACCCAGCUCAGAAUAAAGUUCACCUCUAUAAGUGCGGAGCCAUGCGUGAGAGCUGCGGGCUGUGCCUCAAGGCUGACCCAGAGUUCGAGUGUGGCUGGUGCCAAGGCCCCAGCCAGUGCACACUGCGUCAGCACUGCCCUGCCCAUGAGAGCCGGUGGCUGGAGCUGUCGGGCCCCAACAGCAAGUGCACCAACCCACGCAUCACAGAGAUAAUCCCAGUGACAGGCCCCCGGGAAGGGGGCACCAAGGUCACCAUCCGAGGGGAGAACCUGGGCCUGGAAUUCCGGGACAUCGCCUCUCAUGUCAAGGUGGCCGGUGUGGAGUGCAGCCCUUUGGUGGAUGGUUACAUCCCUGCGGAACAGAUCGUGUGUGAAAUGGGAGAGGCCAAGCCCAGCCAGCAUGCGGGCUUCGUGGAAAUCUGCGUGGCGGUGUGUCGGCCCGAGUUCAUGGCACGGUCUUCUCAGCUCUACUACUUCAUGACGCUGACGCUCUCAGACCUGAAGCCCAGUCGAGGGCCCAUGUCCGGGGGCACCCAGGUGACCAUCACAGGCACCAACCUGAAUGCGGGCAGCAACGUGGUGGUGAUGUUUGGAAAGCAGCCCUGCCUCUUCCACAGGCGCUCUCCGUCCUACAUCGUCUGCAACACCACAUCCUCGGAGGAGGUGCUAGAGAUGAAGGUGACGGUACAGGUAGACAGGGCCAAGAUCCACCAGGACCUGGUCUUCCAGUACGUGGAGGACCCCACCAUCGUGCGUAUCGAGCCAGAGUGGAGCAUUGUCAGUGGAAACACACCCAUCGCUGUUUGGGGGACCCACCUGGACCUCAUACAAAACCCCCAGAUCCGUGCCAAGCAUGGCGGGAAGGAGCACAUCAACAUCUGUGAGGUUCUGAAUGCUACUGAGAUGACCUGCCAGGCUCCAGCCCUUGCCCUGGGUCCUGACCAUCAGUCAGACCUGACCGAGAGGCCGGAGGAGUUUGGCUUCAUCCUGGAUAACGUCCAGUCCCUGCUAAUCCUCAAUAAGACCAACUUCACCUACUAUCCCAACCCUGUGUUUGAGGCCUUUGGUCCCUCAGGAAUCCUGGAGCUCAAGCCAGGCACACCAAUUAUCUUAAAGGGCAAGAACCUGAUCCCACCUGUGGCUGGGGGCAAUGUGAAGCUGAACUACACGGUGCUGGUCGGGGAGAAGCCGUGUACCGUGACCGUGUCCGACGUGCAGCUGCUCUGCGAAUCCCCCAACCUCAUCGGCAGACACAAAGUGAUGGCCCGUGUCGGUGGCAUGGAGUACUCACCGGGGAUGGUGUACAUCGCCCCGGACAGCCCGCUCAGCCUGCCUGCCAUUGUCAGCAUCGCUGUGGCCGGUGGCCUCCUCAUAAUCUUCAUAGUGGCUGUGCUCAUCGCCUACAAACGCAAGUCUCGCGAGAGUGACCUUACAUUGAAGCGGCUGCAGAUGCAGAUGGACAACCUGGAAUCUCGGGUGGCCCUGGAGUGCAAGGAAGCAUUUGCGGAGCUACAGACGGACAUCCAUGAGCUGACCAGUGACCUGGAUGGAGCCGGGAUUCCCUUCCUGGACUACAGGACCUACACCAUGCGGGUGCUGUUUCCGGGAAUAGAGGACCACCCUGUCCUCCGGGACCUUGAGGUCCCAGGCUACAGGCAGGAGCGCGUGGAGAAAGGCCUGAAGCUCUUCGCCCAGCUCAUCAACAACAAGGUGUUCCUGCUGUCCUUCAUCCGCACGCUGGAGUCCCAGCGCAGCUUCUCCAUGCGCGAUCGCGGCAACGUGGCCUCACUCAUCAUGACCGUGUUGCAGAGCAAGCUGGAGUAUGCCACCGAUGUGCUGAAGCAGCUGCUGGCUGACCUCAUCGACAAGAACCUGGAGAGCAAAAACCACCCCAAGCUUCUGCUCAGGAGGACUGAGUCAGUGGCUGAGAAGAUGUUGACCAAUUGGUUCACUUUCCUCCUCUACAAGUUCCUCAAGGAGUGUGCUGGGGAGCCCCUCUUCUCCCUGUUCUGUGCCAUCAAGCAGCAGAUGGAGAAGGGCCCCAUCGACGCCAUCACGGGCGAGGCCCGCUACUCUCUGAGUGAGGACAAGCUCAUCCGCCAACAGAUUGACUAUAAGACCCUGGUCCUGAGCUGUGUCAGCCCAGACAAUGCCAACAGCCCCGAGGUCCCAGUGAAGAUCCUCAACUGCGACACCAUCACUCAGGUCAAAGAGAAGAUUCUGGAUGCCAUCUUCAAGAAUGUGCCCUGCUCCCACCGGCCCAAGGCUGCAGAUAUGGACUUAGAGUGGCGACAAGGAAGCGGGGCGAGGAUGAUCCUACAGGAUGAAGACAUCACCACCAAGAUUGAGAAUGACUGGAAGAGACUGAACACGCUGGCCCAUUACCAGGUGCCAGAUGGUUCUGUGGUGGCUUUAGUGUCCAAGCAGGUGACAGCCUAUAACGCAGUGAACAACUCCACUGUCUCCAGAACCUCAGCCAGCAAAUAUGAAAACAUGAUCCGGUACACGGGCAGCCCCGACAGCCUCCGCUCACGGACACCCAUGAUCACCCCCGACCUGGAGAGUGGAGUCAAGCUGUGGCACUUGGUGAAGAACCACGAGCACGGGGACCAGAAGGAGGGGGAUCGGGGCAGCAAGAUGGUGUCUGAAAUCUACUUGACACGACUGCUAGCCACCAAGGGCACGCUGCAGAAGUUUGUGGACGACCUCUUCGAGACCAUCUUUAGCACGGCCCACCGCGGCUCUGCGCUGCCUCUGGCCAUCAAGUACAUGUUUGACUUCCUGGAUGAGCAGGCGGACAAGCACGGCAUUCACGACCCGCAUGUCCGCCACACCUGGAAGAGCAACUGCCUACCCCUGCGAUUUUGGGUCAACAUGAUCAAGAACCCGCAGUUUGUGUUCGACAUCCAUAAGAACAGCAUUACGGAUGCCUGCCUCUCUGUGGUAGCCCAGACCUUCAUGGAUUCCUGCUCCACGUCGGAGCACCGACUGGGCAAAGACUCACCCUCCAACAAGCUGCUCUAUGCCAAGGACAUCCCUAGCUACAAGAACUGGGUGGAGAGAUAUUACUCGGACAUUGGGAAGAUGCCGGCCAUCAGCGACCAGGACAUGAAUGCUUACCUGGCCGAGCAGUCCCGGAUGCACAUGAACGAGUUCAACACCAUGAGUGCACUCUCGGAGAUCUUCUCCUACGUGGGCAAGUACAGCGAGGAGAUCCUCGGACCUCUGGACCACGACGACCAGUGUGGGAAGCAGAAACUGGCAUACAAACUAGAACAAGUCAUAACCCUCAUGAGCUUAGACAGCUGAGAACCGUCCUUCCAGGGCCGCCCUGGAGGGAGGGACACACCAAGCCGUGCCUCAGUCUAGAUUAUCAUCUUUACCAAGUGCAAGUUCCCACUGGCAUCAGCAGCAGCCCCUGAGCAGCGCUCUCUCUCUCUCUCUUUCUCUGCCUCUUUCUGUCUCUCCCUCCUUCCUGGAUCCCUUCUCUUUCAGUUGCUCUGCCAACAUGAUUGGACCAAGCCACUGAUCCUCCAUUAAGUCCAGGGGUGGCCAGGCCCACAGCGAGGGACCUGACCAAUGUCAGAGGGGGGACUCUCUCUCUCAGCUGCUCCAGACCCCCCUCAUCAGCAACAGGGCCCAAGUACAGAUGAGAAGCCAAGGACAGAGGACGUUUCUGUGCUGCUACUUCACCUUCUACUUCGAGCGCUCCCGCUUUGCUCUGAAUUUCAGCCUAGGGAAGAGACAGUGAGCCCAGUAUUAUCUUCUCUGAGAAGACAACACCUGGUUCUCCUUUCCCACAGCUCCAUCUCCAACAGGCCAGUUGGUGGUCUGGUCACUUUGCAACCGUGAGAAGAAAGGCCACACCUCCUACAUACAGCUAGAGUGGGGAGCGUGUGUAUUGCUGGGAGGUGCUCCUGGGGGCUGCCUCUUGCCUGUUCGGUUGGCAUUCAGAGGCUUCCUGUCCCCUUUCAGUCUCCUUGGAGUCCUUCCAUGUGUUCAUAGGGACCUGCCUGCCCAGGCUCCUCUCCUUCCUGUGGAAAGCAAGGCAGGAAAAGAAUAGUAGUUACCUUCCACCAUGGAGAUGCUCCUAACCUUCUAAUCUGGCUCCUAAUAGUGGGAAUUUAACAUGGAAGGGGAGAAAAGGAAAGAGAGCUACCUUGGAAGCAGAACUGGUUGUUUUCCAUUCACCCCCAAAUCCAAAUGAGUCGCAACCAUGGUCAUAGGUCCAGGCUAUUGCCAGAGCCUCGAGUGCUGUCUAGAAAGAGCAUCUCCAUCGUGCUUUGUCGCCUUCCUCACAAGUCAGCAUGAAAUGCAUAGUGAGUCCAGGAGAUUCUACCUCCAGCCGUCUCCAUGGCUCCAUCCCCACCAUCCUUCUUGCAACCUCCACAGAAGUCUAGAAUCUGGUGCCAUUGCUAUGCAGGUGACUCUGUCACUGGACUGCUCAGACCUCCUUGGAAAUUAUUUCAUCAACAUCUCAGCUGUCUCAUUAGUCAUUCUCCUUCAUUGUCAUCAUUGAAAGAAACAUGCACAAGCACAGCCUCGCAAAACAAACCAAAAUGCCAGCCAACCUCAGGCCCCUCUUGUCAUGUCUGGGAGGGACAGAAGAAUCAAGCUGAUAGACCUGGCUGAAGGUGGGAGGAGGGACAUACAAAUGAUGUGGGCCCUGGUAUCCAUCUCCAUCUGUCCUCCCAUCUAUGGAUACACUGUUUAGCCAGGCAAGCAAAUGUGUGCUCACAAACAGAGAGCAGGUGAGCAGGGCUAUGGGGAGAGAUGGUCUAAUGGAAGGUCAUAGGCACCUCUACUGUUGAAGAGACCUUAAUGGGUCCAGUCUCCCACCGUUGGCAAGAGUCUCUCCUGGCAACUCUGGUCUCGAGUCAUGUGCCACUCUGGGAGAUGGGAGAAGCAUCGCCUAAGGUGGAGUUGAGGAUGAGGAUGAGUCCAGCCUUGCCUUUACACUUGAGCAUCAGACGCCAUCAUUGCUAGUCAUCUGUUCUAAAUAUGCCUUUCCCACAUGAGGAAGGAGCCACAUCAUUUCCAGCGAAGUCCAAGGAGCAUCCUAACCUUUUAAGAACCCAGUCCUUUGGAGGUGACCGUGUGUGUGUGUGUGUGUGUGUGUGUGUGUGUGUGUGUGUUCCCUAGGAGUAGGGAGAGGGCUCAGAAAGAUUUCUUGCCCUAUGUAGGAGGGUUUCGAAGCAUUUCCCUUUCUCUGUUACCUACUCAUCAAUUCAUCCUGCAGCUUCAAGACAUCACAAUGCUUGUUUUCUAUGCUGAGUACUGGCGGGUGGAAGGAGAGGUCCCCUGUCCACAGGAAAUCAGGGUGGCCACCUGCCAACGCCUGGACUAUGCUGACCCCAAGCAGGGCAUCAGGUGGCAUCACAGAAAACAACUGGUGGAAAAGACACAAGUAACCUAACAAACAGGAAGAGGGCAACAGGGAAAGAUUGCAUUCGAAGGGGAAAGAAAAAUAACCAAAGGUUUUGGCAAAUGAAGUACCGGGUGGAGAAAUAUGGCAUUUCUAUUCUUAUUUCCUCCCUGGAAUCCACGGGACUGGGCAGUCCAGAAAUGAUGUGUGUGGGAGGUGGCUGAGGUAGCACCUCAACCAUGAAAAUAUUUUUGCACAUAAGAAGGGUUGGAGAGAAGAGAGACACGAACAUAUUUAACACAGAUAUUUGCUGGAUGGAAGCUGUGCACGUGUGAGUGUGUGUAUGAGUGAGUGUGUUUUGAUUUAUUUUUUAAGUUUUGCACAGUU